CUAUGCAUCAUCAGCUCUGACUAAACCACUCCAUUAUGAUCGUUGUUGUGCUCAGCUAAACCAUUCCAACGUCAAGAAAGCCUCAUCGUCCAUAUAAACACCACACGUAUGGGUUUCAACUCACCGCCCAUGAAUCCCAUUUAGCAGAUAAUGAUGGCCACCUACAAGUCCAACCUACUCCUGUUUCUCUUCUUCGUCUUAGUCACCAUCGACCUCUCGACUUCCGCGAGGAAUUUGGAUCACAAAACAACGACUUCCCCUGCGACCGACCAGACGAUAACCUUCAUAAUGAACGACGUCCUCGGGAGACGGCACAGCGGCGCCCCGCUACGGUCACCACAGCCGAUGAGCGUCGACCUCGGCAGAACACCGUUCAGAGAUCAAACAGGUCCGGCAAGUGGCUGGCUACCGAUCCUCGCGAGCGCACCGGCAUUGCAGGCCGGAACAGUGACGGCGGUCGACGAGGAGCUGGCCGGCAACGUCGAGCUUGGGUCGCCGCUGUCGGGGAAGGCGCAAGGGAUAUAUGUGACGAGCGUGGAGGACAAAAGCAGCCACAUUGUGGCGAUGAGAGUCACCUUCGCAGGUGGUCGCGGCGAGACGGGGGACAGUCUGAGCCUCUUCGGAGUCCAUCAGCCGGCCCAAGCGGAGUCCCACAUCGCCGUGGUGGGCGGCACCGGAAGGUAUCGAGACGCAAAUGGCAUUGCCAUACUACAGGCUGUGGCGUCAAAAAGCAGCAGCGAGAGGGAGAGCAUGCAACACAAAGUUCUUUCGGUUCAUGUUUAUCUCAAGUAAUACUGGGAGCAUUUUGUUUUCCUUGGCAA